AUGACAGUAUAUAGUAGUGAUUCAACACCUGAAAAAGAACAAAAGAAACCAAAACAAGAUGAAAAUGAAUUCUUAGCAAAGUAUGCUCAUGAUUCAGUUUUGAACGAAAUAGAAAGUGCUUCCACUCAAGAAAAGUCCAAUUCAGUAUUAUCUGACUCUGAUGAUUCAGGGAGUAGUUUUCUCAUCAAAUAUCUCAAAAACAAAGUUAAUAUUCAAUAA